AUGACUGGCACCGGAGUCCCGUCUGGAGGAUCUAGCACUGGGUACGGAGGGGCGCCUCAACAUCGAUCCUACGAGGAGCGCGCAGCUGCUAGAGAGCAAAUGAUGAGCAACAUUAGGGAGACUUCGCAACAGGACCGACGCGUCUACGUCGGCAAUCUUUCCUACGAUGUCAAAUGGCAUCACCUCAAGGACUUCAUGCGACAAGCCGGAGAAGUUCUCUUCGCCGACGUGCUAUUACUUCCAAACGGAAUGUCGAAGGUGGGCGUCUACACGUAG